AUGGCAGGUCAAGAGAAAGAAGGUGGUACCUCGAACAUCAAGGACAAAGAAAUCGAGGAUAUCGACGUCUACCCGGAGACCUUUCCGGAUUUCAAACAGUUGAAAAUAGCUUCACCUGCCCAAGCUACGGAAGGAAGUCACCCACGGGAAGCUGCGACGAGUUCUGAGUACAGAGAGCCAACUGCGCAAGAGAUCGAGGCGGCUAUCCGACGAGCAAACAGCUAUCAGAAUAAUCCGCUUACCAACACUGUCAGACGGAGCAGACCGACUGGUGACCGUGCUCGCAACCGCAGCGCAGCCGUAUCUUUUCAAGUUCCGUCAGUUCCACCGGGCGCGACUCCCAUCAACUUCGGAGCGCAUCAUCCUACCAGUCCCCAGCAGGUGCCUGUCGCAUCUGAACGUGCUACCCCAGCGUCCGUCCGCGGUCGUGGAAUUCCAGUCCCUGGUCGUUCUGGCUACAUCCCCACUCUCCCCCCUCUUAACAAUCCGCCGCGCCGACAACUCAGAGACCCCAAUUCAGGCCGUCCCGUUGUAGUUGGAGGUUUCGAUAACCCGCUCGACGAGUACAACCAGCGAGUUCUGCGUCGCAAAGCCCAUGACCAGCGGACUCUCGAAUCAUUCUUGCAGAAUUCAUCACCCGAAAGCACCUGGAACUCACAGAACCCUCGUCCUCUACCAGAGCUCCCCCCUGCUAGCACUGCCCAGCAGUCCACAGCAGCCGCACCCAGCCGUGCUGCCCAUCAUACCCCUCCGACGCUCCCCGCUCAGAACAGUGCUCCACCGCACCCUUCGCCUUUGCAGUCACACCCGGUCGCCUUGAAUCAGCAGGAGCCUUUUACAACGCCCUCACGUCGCCGUGCCCGGUCUGCAUCAUUCUCAACACCGUCGAACGCCUCUUCUCUCGCUUUCUACGGCCCGACUCAAAAUCAACCUCCCCCUGAGACCAUCCAGGAGGAGCCAUCGACCGAACACGAAGAACUCGAUCACUCUGAGGAGCCCGAUAUUCGCACCGCACAGAUUGGUCGCUCCAUUCAACAGUCCAACGAGUCAUCGCACGUUUCGCUCCGCGGAGGAAGUCUUGAUCUCGACGAUUUCUCAGAGGAUUUCGAUCCGAGCUACUACGAGUCCGACGAUAUCGACGACGACUUGGCUGUCUAUUACACCGAAUUCAAUCCAAACAUUUCCGAGGACUUCAACCCGUACGACAUCGAGGCAACAUCCCAGGUGCAUACCCAAAUACUCGAAAAAAUGGCGAGCCACAUCCCCCGACCCGGCCCCGCCAAACUCUCCCCCAAUGCGGGCUUAGACGAGUGGCUGGAGGAAGCCAAGCAGUGUCAUUACUUGCCCGAGCGCGCCAUGAAAGAGCUGUGCGAGCUUGUAAAGGAGGUGCUCAUGGAGGAAUCCAAUAUUCAGCCUGUGUGCACCCCGGUCACAAUUUGCGGUGACAUCCAUGGCCAAUUCUACGAUCUGCUGGAGCUUUUCCGUGUUGCGGGUGGAAUGCCUGGCGAGUCGAAUGUGGAGGCCCCCAAGACUGCCACCACGGUCAUCAGCCCCGAGGAUAUUGAGCCUCCUACCGAGAUUACGAACCCGAAGCUCAAAAAGAAGGUCCGCAAUGCUGGCAGUCCCCCUGCUGACGAAGACGAUGAGGACGAUGCCGCGGCCGCUGAUACGAGCGCGACUUCCCGAGCUGACUCCGCCGUUGAGGUCUCCACCACAUCGCAGUCUGCCGACACCCGCUUCAUCUUCUUGGGCGACUUCGUCGAUCGUGGCUACUUCAGUCUGGAGACUUUUACUCUCCUCAUGUGCUUGAAGGCCAAGUACCCCGACAGAAUCGUCCUUGUUCGUGGCAACCAUGAGUCCCGCCAAAUCACCCAGGUGUACGGAUUCUACGAGGAGUGCCAGCAAAAGUAUGGCAAUGCUUCCGUGUGGAAGGCGUGCUGCCAUGUCUUCGACUUCCUCGUCCUCGCUGCUAUCGUCGAUGGAGAGCUUCUCUGCGUCCAUGGUGGUCUUAGUCCGGAGAUCCGCACCAUCGACCAGAUCCGCGUUGUUGCUCGUGCGCAGGAGAUUCCCCACGAAGGCGCUUUCUGCGAUCUUGUUUGGUCCGACCCCGAAGACGUCGAGACUUGGGCUAUCAGCCCUCGCGGCGCCGGCUGGCUCUUUGGCGACAAGGUUGCAACCGAGUUCAACCACGUGAACGGUCUUAAGCUCAUCGCUAGAGCUCAUCAGCUUGUCAAUGAGGGUUACAAGUAUCACUUCCCGCAGAACUCUGUCGUCACCGUGUGGUCGGCUCCGAACUACUGCUACCGCUGCGGUAAUGUUGCGUCCAUCAUGACCGUCGACAAGGAUAUGAACCCCAAGUUCAGCAUUUUCUCGGCAGUCCCCGACGAACAGCGCCAUGUCCCUGCCAACCGCCGUGGACCGGGCGACUACUUCCUCUAAUUGGGCCCGCUGAUCUGUAUAUCGGAGACGCAACUGUGCUGGGGACGCGUUUGGAACAUCGUCGGGGUUUUGUCCUGAGGGUCCAACGUGGUUCUUGCUGAAAUCACGUCUCCAACUACCAGCCGCUCGGAAUUAAGCGGCAAGGCUCCGAAUAUCGGUUGAGCCUUACAUUCGUCUUCGUACACAGAACCGUCUGAGGAACUAAACCCCCGGGCAUCACUAUCGUGCAUAGAACCUACGCACGAUGAAGAGAGAUGGUUUUUCUUUUGCUACAGACGAGACAUUUUUGCUGUCAAGGGCAGCACACUUGAACUUGGCAUAACCCACAUCGGGAUUUUUGCCUGACCCACCGCAUGGGUUAUAUCGUGAUUUCUGGGCAUGAGCACUGAGUACUCCGCGGAACAUAGCUUGCCUUUGGCUCGCUUGCACCCAGAUAUAUAAGGAGUGACUCGCUCGUUUGCUCGGAACGAUCACGAAGGAAAGGAAACGAGACUAGAAUCUCGAAGCUGGCUCGGCCUCGAAGACCGUGAAGAGGAACGUCGGGAUGAGAGAGGACGGGCUGGUUACUUUUGACGUAUUUGACGAUGUCAUGCAUGGAAUAGAGGGCAGGGGAAGACCUUCUUGUAGAUUAGGCAUAGAGAUGUUCAAUACCCAUACAUUCUGAAACCAGGA